CGCUUUUGGCUCCUGGUCCUCGGCUGUUUCUCAUUCCCAGCCAGGUGCUUUGCAGGGCUAGACACCUUCGGCAGCAGCAUCUCAUCACAAAAGCAAGCCCUCCCUCUCUCUCCCGCACAUAAACACUUGAGAGGCUGAUCACUCCGACCUGAGACACUCCUGGAUUUCUUUUUUUCACUCCUUUUCUCCUUCUUGUCUUCUUCCCCCCUCCUCCUCCGUUGACCCCCCCCCCCCCCGCCCGCCCGCCCCAGUAGCUGCCUGUGGAUUUGCCGGAGAACUGGUAUGAUCAGCUGAGAGUUUUGGGGUUCUUUUUGGGUGGCAAGGCAGGCGAGUCGGCUAGGUGAGCCCAGCCCCGCUGUGACUCCUCAGAGCGACCCCCCUCCCCCCACAGCACCAUGUCCAAGCCGACCGAUCACAUCAAGAGACCCAUGAACGCCUUCAUGGUGUGGUCCCGGGGCCAGAGACGGAAGAUGGCCCAGGAGAACCCUAAAAUGCACAACUCGGAGAUUAGCAAGCGGCUGGGCGCAGAGUGGAAGCUGCUGUCGGAGGCUGAGAAACGACCCUACAUCGACGAGGCCAAAAGGCUCCGGGCGCAGCACAUGAAGGAGCAUCCUGACUACAAGUACAGACCGCGGCGCCCCAAGAACCUGCUCAAGAAGGACAGGUAUGUCUUCCCUUUGCCUUACCUGAGCGACACGGACCCGCUAAAGGCGGCCGGGCUGCCCGUGGGAGCCACAGAUGCUCUGCUGAGCUCCCCGGAGAAGGCUAGGGCUUUCCUGCCUCCCACCUCCGCACCCUACUCCUUACUUGACCCCAGCCAGUUCAGCUCCAGCGCUAUCCAGAAGAUGACCGAAGUGCCCCACACCUUAGCCACCAGCACCCUGCCCUACGCCUCCACCUUGGGAUACCAGAGCGGGGCGUUCGGCAGCUUGAGCUGCCCCAGCCAGCACACCCAUACUCACCCUUCGCCAACUAACCCUGGGUAUGUGGUGCCCUGUAACUGUACAGCUUGGUCGGCUUCCAGUUUGCAACCUCCAGUUGCCUACAUAUUAUUCCCAGGCAUGACCAAGACUGGAAUAGACCCCUAUUCUUCAGCACAUGCGACUGCCAUGUAACACACCCACAUACCCGCAAGCGAGACUUGCUUUGCAGUUAGAACUUGAAUUCACUCAUGGGCAUGUACAUAGAAACUGCAGAAGCAAAAAGCCACCUGCAUGGGAGAAUGAUGCCAGUGUAUCUGAUGGCACCUGGGGAAAGACAGAAAGACUUCUCCUGGAACUCAGAGACUCUCUAGUCAAAUUAAACAAACAAAGAUUUCUCUCUCAGCCUGGGGAAACUGGAAGUGGAGGCUCAGCUAGGUGCAGAAACCUUUAAGAACUGUAAAUGUGUUAAAUCUUGACCUGCCCUUUUGGACUAAAGGCUAGGCGGUUUUGAGUUUUAUUUAUUAUAUUAAUGUAUAUGAGUUCUAUAUUACCUGCUGUUAUUUGGACUUGAAUUUCUGAAGUCCUGGUAUUUAUUAAUAUCAUUAUUAUUAUUUUAUUUCCUUUUGCACAUUAAAAGACAAGAUUAGCUGUGUUAUAUUAUAUAUAUACAUAUAUAUUUUGCCAUCAAGCACUAAUAGGUAAAAAUUGCUUUUCAUGUCAAAAAGCUCUUAAAAGUUACAGAAAAGGGAAACUUUUCUCUUUACAACAUGAUAUGAUAGUGUUUGCUUAAUUUAAAACAGAUAGUCCUUCAAUUUGUGUGAUCCAGUGCAACUAGACCUAAGUUCAUUUUAGACAGAGCGUCAGGUAUGAAGUCAGGCGGUAGAAUUGUAAAAAUAACUAAAUAAACAAAUAAGAAUAAGACUUUAAAAAAGAUGGUAAUUUCAAUAUGUUUCAACCAUGUCUUUGAAAAAUGUAUCCAGAAGGAUUUUACCUCGUUAACCUGUUCAUUUGUUGAACAAAGACAUUUUGAAUAAAGACAAUCUGUCAUUAAACAAGCAAACCAUGUGGUGUGAAUAAAGUCCCAAUUCUGACAAGUUUC